AUGGAAGGUAUAAAUAAUAAAUAGGUAUUAUAAAAUAAACAAAAAGAAACUAAAUGGACUCACUUCAUUAGCUUGCCUCUCACAAAGCCACAUUUAGUAGAAGCUUAUAAAAAGCUGAAAUCUGAAAUAACAUCAGAUGAUCCUGAUCUUGAACCAUUCUUUCUAGGAAGUUCUAAAGCACAUAUAACUCUUAAUAUGUUAGAAUUAAAUGAAGAAUAAGUAGAAAAAAUUCAAAAGAUUUUACCUCUACUUCAUAAUAAAUUACCAAAAUUUAAUAUUACUUUCAAAGGAUGGGGUUAUUUCGGAAAGAAACCUGAAAAAUCGAAAUAUUUGUAUUUAAAAAUAAGCAAUGGAUUGUAAGAGAUAAACGAUUUGUGCAACAAAAUAACAGCGUUUUUAGUAGAACAUGAUAUAUUGAAUCCUUAAAAACAAAAUUUGCAUAAUAUUAAAUUAAUUGGUGAAUAUCCUAAUUAAAAAUAUCAGUUAUAAACUGUUCAUGCCACGUUCAUGAAAUCGAGGACAAAAGAUACUUUUGAUUGUUCUGAAAUUAUAAAUAAAUAUUCAGAUUUUGAAAUUAGUGGUAUUGAUAUUAACCAGCUGCAUUGCAGCAUUAUCUAACCUUAAAAUGCUGAUCUUUAUUAUAAUUCUCUUUGUGUUAUAAAUUUAAUAUGA